AUGUAUGUCGAUGUCAUCAUACCCCGGGGUGGUGAGAAUCAUGUUGCAAUCGAUUUAAUUGUGCAGCAUAUCCGCACAAAGCUUGGCCAGCAAAACCUCUGCAAGAUAUAUCCCAAUUUGAAUGUAAUUCUUUCUACGUUCCAGAUAAGAGGCAUGCACACACUGAUUCGUGACAAGGAAAUAGCAAAACAUGACUUUGUUUUUUACUCGGAUCGUCUAAUUCGUCUGGUGGUGGAACACGGUCUUGGUUACUUGCCUUUCACAGAGAAGCAAGUAAUCACUCCUACAUGGCACACUCGGGAUGAACUGCAACAAGUAUUAUCUAUACUCAGUGCUGCUAUGUUAAACUCUGCUGUAAAUCACUUAGAAUAUCUUGUCAUUCUAUUCCAGGAUCAGUGUACACUAGAGUUAAUUUCUGCAAGAAAUUAUGUGGUGUAUCCAUUAUUCGAAGUGGAGAGAGCAUGGAGAACGCACUACGUGCAUGCUGUAAAGGAAUUAAAAUUGGAAAAAUCCUCAUCCACCGCUCAGCUAAUAUAUGAGAAGCUUCCAAAAGAUAUUUCACAACGGCAUGUGCUCCUUUUGGAUCCAGUUCUUGCUACUGGUAAUUCUGCCAUCCAAGCAAUUGGACUUCUUGUACGAAAGGGAGUCCCAGAGUCUCAAAUUAUAUUCCUCAACCUCAUAUCUGCUCCGGAGGGUAUACAUCGAGUAUAUAAACAGUUUCCAUCACUAAAAAUCGUGACUUCAGAGAUUGACGUGGCAUUAAAUGAUGAAUUCCAUGUGGUACCGGGGAUGGGAGACUUUGGUGACCGCUACUUUGGAACUGAUGACGUUUAGCUAGCUUCUUCUUUGCAUGAUGAGACAACAAAGGACUUUUAACAGAAUACCAAUAAGUUCUUAUAAAAAAUAAAUA